GCGCGUACGUAUGAUAGUGUGUUUCGUUUCGCGCCAAGCGCUCGCGAUACGCGGCAUUUUGAAUUUUCAAUUUCGAACGUCAAUCGAAAAUUUAUUUUUAUCGGAGUGGCCAGUGCUAUCUAUGAAUUAUGUUAUUGAUAUAACCUGUUUGGUUGAGUGACUAGAAAAUUAUGGAUAAUGGUGGAAUUUUCGCGGUUUGUGCCGUUUUUCCUGUAGGGCAUUGUGUUUUCUUUGUACAAAUUGUAAAGUGCGUAAUGUUUAUGGAUUUUGUGGACUUCUAGGUGGAGAUCUCGAAAUAGUAUGGCGCCAGAAUAUUUCACCAAUACGUAGGGGAGUGUCUCACGAUGUAAAUAAAUGUGGGUAGACGGGAAAAUGUCGAACAGACACAGAUGUGUGAGUGGGGUUCCGUUGUUCUUGUUGAUACGGACUUUGGUGUGUGUGCGUGUGGUGUGGGGGUACCAUGAACAGAAGUUCGCUAUGGAGCCGCAAGAUCAGACGGCAGUAAUAGGGUCCCGGGUGACCCUUCCAUGCAGGGUCGAGAACAAGGCUGGUCAACUGCAGUGGACGAAAGACGACUUCGGUCUUGGAUUACAUAGAGAUCUCAGUGGAUACGACCGGUAUAAGAUGAUCGGGAGUGAUGAAGAAGGGGACUAUUCCCUGGAUAUUCGAGAUGUGACGCUAGAAGACGAUGCCAAAUACCAGUGCCAAGUCAGCUCAGGAUCUAGAGGUGAACCUGCAAUUAGGUCACGCUACGCCCGCCUAACCGUCCUAGUGCCGCCGGAACCACCGAAAAUUCUACAAGGGAAUUUCUACUCUACCACAGAAGACAGAAUCAUCAAACUCGAAUGCAUCUCCGUGGGUGGGAAACCGCCAGCUGAGAUAACCUGGGUGGACAGUAACGCUGGUGUACUCACGCAGGGCGUCACCUACACAGUGGAAGCGUUGGCUGAUGGACAGAGAUUUACUGCAAAAUCCGUGAUUAAAAUGACGCCAAAACAAGAACAUCAUAACCAGACGUUCACUUGUCAAGCGCAAAACACAGCUGACAGGGCGUACAGAGCGGCCAGUAUACAAAUUGAGGUAAAAUACGCGCCAAAAGUGAAAAUACAGAUUAAAACAGGAAAAAGAAUACCGGAGGGGAAAGACGUCGUUGUUGCUUGCACCGCGGACGCGAAUCCGAAUAAUUUGACAUACAGAUGGGUUUUAAAUGAAUCAAUCAUUGGAAACGGGUCAGAGUUGGUAAUACCAAAUGUAACAAGACAGUACAACGGAGCAAUUUUAAAAUGCAUGGUUUUUAACGUGGUCGGCAAAAGUGAAGAGACUGAGACACUUGAAGUUACAUAUGCACCAACAUUCAGAAACCGUCCUCAAGACGUAGAGGCAGAGCUGGGUAAGCAAGUCACGCUGAGUUGCGAUGUGGAUGGGUUCCCGGCGCCUGAAAUAAGAUGGCUGCAUUUUGAAGAAGAUACUAAUAUUAGUGUGGGCAGAACAGCUAAUUUAACAUUAACCGUGGACACUCAUACUUCUGGUCGAUAUUUAUGCAAAGCCAGAGUCGAUGGAUACCCUGAAAUAGAAGCUGAUGCAUCGAUUUUUAUUAAAGGGCCACCAAAAAUACUAUCCAACGCGACGCAAUUCGGUUCCCAAGGUGACACAGUGAACAUAGAAUGUGCAGCUUUCGCAGUACCCAAAAUUGAUAACAUCGUCUGGACGUUUGAAGGGAAAGAGAUAGAUGGUGUACAUGAUCAGGACUACGCCUUCCAAGAAGACCUGCAACCUGGUGGUAUCGUAAACUCAACGCUCAUCAUCAGAGAAAGUCAAGCGAAGCACUUUGGAGUGUAUCGAUGUAAUGUGUCCAAUGACUAUGGAAGUGAUACCAUGGAUAUCGUUGUUCGACCUAAUAAAUCAUUCCCGCUCUUACUAAUUCUGUUCGGCGUGACCUCCGGCACAAUAAUGGUAGCAGCAGUGAUAAUGCUUGUAAUACUUUGUCAAAGAAAGCAGAGGAAGAACAAGCAAGUGACAGAGAAGCCUGAUGUUACAGUCACGGCGGAAGAAUUGUAUAAAGAUGACAGGAAUUCCAAUAUAAGCGACUUGAAACUGGAGUUGCGGCAGAACGGGACUUGUGAUGUUGACUACUCGAACACCGGGUCGGACAGCACGCUGUGCUCGAACGCGAAGCUGGGCAGCGGCGCGCCGCUCGCCGGCUCCGCGCCGCUCGCCAACUUCCCCUAUCGGUACAGUAACGAUUAUAGCGAUCCAGCUUAUACGGAUUAUAAGGUAAAUGGAUAUUCGACCUACGUCCAUUACGGCCACGAUUAUACGCCGGGCUCUUUGAGAGUUCAGUCACCUACGAUGGGCAGUGAUAAGCUCACGCCGAAUAGGUCAAUAAACGGCAGUCUACCGCGAAGUAUAGACACAUCCCUGCAGUUAGCGGGCGGCGGCAGUCAGAGCAACUCGCUGCAGCGCGCCAAGCGACAAGGCAGCAACAACGCAAUUAACAGCUUAGGAGUUCCUAGCACGGAAGGAAAUCGAGUAGGCAACGGUGGUAUAAUCCACGGAGUAGACGUGAGAUACGCAGCUACAUAUGGGAAUCCCCAUUUACGCAGUGGGAUCGGUUUUACCGUGAACACGGCGAAGCCCGCGUCCACGCCCGCACCGCCACCGUAUUCUUCUGUUAGAAGUUCUGUUAUUAUUCCUUCUGGUACAUCAUCCCACUCAAUAACGUCACCAACAAGUCUCGCGUCCCCGCAGUGUGCAACGAGCCCCAUCACUAACUCCACUAUGUCUACGGAUAGUGCACAGCCUGUCGGAGUAGUAACGUCGUCAACGACGCCGCAAUCUCCAAGCUCUCAUUAUAUUUUAGCACCGUCAAGUAGAGCAUUGACUAAUACCACUGUUACCAAGAAAGGUAACGGUAUCCAAACACCGCUCGCCACACACGUAUAACAGAAAACCGGUAUUCCAUUGAUAUAGUCGAAAAUACCGGUAUUCAAGGACGUAACGAAAAGUGAUAACGAACUGUGAAGUGAUUUAGUGUGAUUUUGAAAUAACGGACAGUGAUUUGUAACUGCGUUAUAAUGUAUUAGGAUGCAUUUUUAUGCAACGAAAAUUAUAACAGUUGCGUGGACAUUUUAAAACUAAAAUCUAUAUGAAAUACGCCAAACGGUUUGUUAAUAACUAUAAAAAUAGAUAAUUUUAAUGUGUUUUCGUUGUUAACAGCAGCACUUUUGUAUUAUAUUUUAGUUGUUUAAGUCGUAUAAUAAAUUGUUGUACUAUUUCAAAUAGUUAUCUUAAUUAAUCUGAACUUUAGUCAAUUUCAAAACAUCCGACUGAGACUGGUCUAUUAUUAUAAUGUAUAAAAUGUAAAUAACUAUGAAUAGAUAACUUCUUGGCUUCACUACAUGGAAUAAAGCGUUUUUUUAUGUUUAGUUUUAAGGAUUUGCUUCUGUUGUCAUUGUUUAUAAAUAAAAAUUGACCUGUUAUAAGCUAUUUGCCUUAUUUCAUUUAGCUUUUUGCAGGUAACCUUCAGGAAUAUAAACAAAAUAUAUUUUACAGAACAUCAUAAUGUAUUGUUGAAGUGACACUUUUUUUAAUGUGUCUGUAUUUUGACUGUAUUUUAAAUCCUUUUUUUCCUAUUUUUACUUACUAUCGUAUUUACUUCCACUUAGUCAGAUUUAGUCUUGAUUUUUUUACUAUUAUUUUGGUUUUUUGGCGGUUACAAUUCAUAACUAAUUUUGUUUAUCGAGCUAUAUUCUAAGUCCUUAAGGUCCUUAUUUUUUUCGAUAUUAUGUCAAAAAAAAUCAUUUAUUAAAAAAAAAAAACCAUUUUAGUGAAGCCAAACUAUGACUGUUGCACUAAUAAUGGCCUUUCCAUUAAUAUCUAGAUUAGUUAGAUCUUAAAUUAUUGUUGUGUGCAUUUUUUUAUU